GUGUGUGUGUGUGUGUGUGUGUGUGUGUGUGUGUUGGGGCGGCCUCACGUCGCUUUUUUUGCUUCUCUCUCUCGGGCACUUAAAGACACUACCGUCGUCCUUGUGCCGUGUAAUUGCAGAUCGAGCCCCUUCAGAAAGAAGCACACACCAAGCAAACAAGAUAGGAAGAAACUCCCGUGCAUCCGAUCGCUUGGAUCUCCAUUCCAUGGACGGCAAGACCCCUCAUCUGCUGCCUCUGAGCGCGGCCAAGAAGAAGAUCCACGAUGACGUCCCACCGGUCUGCACAUAUGCGCUCCUCAACGCCCUCGCCAUCGUCUUCGGCACAGCAGUGGGCCACAUAGCCGUCGACUACUUGGACGUGUCGUGCAGCCAGCUCUCCUCCAUUCUGCCGUGCGUUGAGCUGACGGACGCGGAGUCCGCCUGGUUAACCGCCCUCUCGAUCGGGAUUCUGUGCUGCGCCCCAACCCAGGCGGCCGCGGCGGCGCUGGCGCUGCUGCUCCCAUGCCGCCGUCGCCGGGCCCGCCGCGCCCUCGCCUACCUCGCGCUCGCGGUCACCUUCCUCUUCCAUUGCAUGUACGCCGGCGCCGUCUGGACCUUCCUCGCCGCCGACCCAAGAUACAUCUCCGGCAAGAUCUUUUUUACCAUGGUCAUCGUCUGCCUCAUCCUGGCGUGCAACCUGACCUGCCUGUCUGACCUCCUUGGAGGUGAUGGGUCGGACAAGCAGUAGUGCAGUACGCAGCCUACUAGUUCAGCUAGCAGCAAGCUGCAAGGGAUCAUGUUCGUGGUCGUGGAUCAGCUCAUGAUGAGGUACUGAUGAGAGCCUAGUUCUAGGGAAUAAUGUAGAGUAUGCAUUACUUCUGCUGUGACGAUUGAUGGACAAGUGCUGUAAUUGCGAAUCUGGUAGCUGGUGUGGUGCUUAAUAUCCAGAUCGACUCUACUAGUAUAUGUACUCCAUUUGGGCAAUGCUGGCUAUAUAAUUAGAUUGGAUGCAUUGUGGUUA